CUGGUGGUUUAGACUGUAUUAAUAAUGUCUGGCCGAGGAAAGGGCGGAAAGGGCCUAGGUAAAGGCGGUGCCAAGCGCCACCGCAAGGUCCUGCGGGACAACAUCCAGGGCAUCACCAAGCCUGCCAUCCGCCGCCUGGCUCGGCGCGGUGGUGUCAAGCGCAUCUCUGGUCUCAUCUACGAGGAGACCCGUGGUGUGCUGAAGGUGUUCCUGGAGAACGUCAUCCGCGACGCAGUCACCUACACUGAGCACGCCAAGCGCAAGACCGUCACCGCCAUGGAUGUGGUGUACGCUCUCAAGCGCCAGGGCCGCACCCUCUACGGCUUCGGAGGCUAGACUGCGCUGCCGCUGCUUCACUCCUGCCCCCCAUCCCUAACGGCCCUUUUUAGGGCCAACCACAGUCUCCUCAGGAGAGCUGACACUGACUUGGGUCGUACAAAUAUAACCAUGGAUCUAGACUCGGUAAGGUAAAGGCGCUAAUUUUCCUUGCGACCCAACACUACUAGGCGUUCGC